UUUAAUCCACGAGUCUUGUCUGAAAAACGCAGAGGCGAGGUGCAGGUACACAGCUGCUGGGACGAAGUAUAUAAUCUAUUGGAAUUAAAACAGUGUGACUGCCGGAUUCAAAUAAAUGGAAUAUGGAGAAAGUCCUUACCUGUUCAUUAUGGGAUUUUGGGGAAUGCCAUGGCCUACAGGAGACAUCUUCUCUCUGAGUGGAUACAGGCAAUAGGUUUUUAGGAUGCGUUCCCUGAGGAAGACAGUGUUGUUGGCCAUUGUGGCAUCAGUGGUGUUGGUGGUUGCCCUCCUCCAUUCUUGGCCCACCAGGGCCUACACCACAGUGGAUGUCCGCCAGAGACCAGGGCCUAUAGUAGAGAGGCACCUGGAGGAGAGGCUCCCAGAACCGGACCAAAGAUCUGCCAACAUCCCCUAUCGCCUGAAGGAGAGUGUUGCAGGUCUGUUGGCACGUAACGGGUGCAUGUGUGAGGGUGAGAGUGGUGGCGUGAACCUGCCCUUUGCCCAGCUGCUGUUCCCACGGGUGUCGGCCCACCCCCUGCACACUGCUUUUGAUGCCUCUGAGCUGGAGGAGAUGAAAAGACGGAGGGCCAAGGAGUACCAGGGCUUCCAGAUGAGGUCUCAGACUCCUGUAGAUAUGCUCAUUGUGGCCGAGGCCAACAAUCCUCUGCAGUACCCAACACAGGGGGUGGAAGUACGGCCCCUCAAAACCAUACUCAUCCCAGGGCUUGCCUUACAAGACCUUCCCAGAGAGCUGUACACAGUCAACUUCACCUCCACCCUGGGAGUGUUUAAUGUGGCAGCGGAGGUUGAGGGGGUAAAGGUCAAGGGUGACGGGGAGAUGCACAUGACCCUGAUGAGCAGCCUGCUGCCCAACCUGAACCGGCAGUUACAGUUUGUCUCCUACACCAACACAUUAUUCCACCCUAGUACAGCAGACACAGUCCAGUUUGAGACCGAGGGACACCAAGCCAUGUUCAUCAUCAAGAUCCGUCAUCGUGUAACUCCAAAACUCUACAACACAGGACCCAAAGGGGAAUACAACAUCAGUGCCCUUGUAACGAUAGCAACCAAAACUUUCCUGCGCUAUGACAAGCUCCAAGAUCUCAUCGACAGCGUGCGACGAUACUAUCCCACUGUUACCAUAGUAAUAGCUGAUGACAGCGAAAACCCCAAGACUGUCUCUGGCCCCUACAUCGAACAUUACAUCAUGCCAUUUGGAAAGGGAUGGUUUGCAGGACGGAACCUAGCUGUUUCCCAGGUGACCACUAAAUAUCUGUUGUGGGUGGAUGAUGACUUCAUCUUCACUGCCAACACCAAGCUGGAGAAACUAGUGGACGUACUGGAGAAGACCACCCUGGAUCUGGUGGGGGGUGCAGUGCGGGAGGCCACAGGCUACACUGCCACCUACAGGCAGACCAUCUCCAUUGAGCAAGGGGAGGAGGAGGAGGGUGACUGCCUGCACAUGCGGAGGGCCUUCCACCACAUCAUACAGGGCUUCCCAAACUGUGUGGUCACUGACGGGGUCAUCAACUUCUUCCUGGCCCGCACAGACAAGGUCCAGCAGGUGGGCUUCGACCCCCGCCUGGCCAGAGUGGCCCACCUGGAGUUUUUCAUUGAUGGCCUUGGCUCGCUUCACGUGGGAUCCUGUGAUGAUGUCAUCGUCAAUCACGCCACCAAGAUCAAGCUUCCCUGGGUCAGCCAAUCAGAGAGUGACAAGACUUACGCCAAGUUCCGCUACCCACCAGCCUCCUCGGACGCCACACACACCAAAAAUGGCCUCCUCUAUUUUAAGAACCACUUCCAGUGUUUGACUCACAAUUAAAUGUCAUGUUUUUUUUUUUACCUGUAGCUUCUCCUCUCGUUCAAGAUUCCUGCUCUUCCUGAGUUGCCAAAGAAGCCCUCGCCCGAUGUGUCCCAUCAGAUAAGAUUUUAGACAACCACAUUACAUGCUUUCCCUUAAAAACAGCCUUGCUUGUUUCACUCUAGAGGGAUUGUCAUUCAAACAGAGCAAAGCUGUCAUUUCUCGUAACUUUGCUCUUCACUUGUGUACUCUUGAUUGUAAACUCAAGGUAGAGAUCAUUUUAAGGCAUUUACAGUGCAUUCACCCCUUUGACAUUUUCCAUAUUUUGUUACGUUACAGCCGUAUUCUAAAAUGUAUUAAAUUGUUUUCCCCCCUCAUCAAUCUAUACACAUAUUGGGGCGGCAGGUAGCCUAGUGGUUAGAGCAUUGGGCCAGUAUCCGAAAGGUUGCUAGAUGGAAUUCCCGAGCUGACAAGGUAAAAAUCUGUCGUUCUGAACAAGACAGUUAACCGACUGUUCCUAGGCCAUCAUUGUAAAUAAGAAUGUGUUCUUAACUGACUUGCCUAGUAAAAUAAAUAUUGACAUAGCAAAACAGGUUUUUAGAAAUGUUUGCAAAUGUAUUAAAAAUACAAAACUGAAAUAUCAUAUUUACAUAUGUAUUCAGACCCUUUACUCAGUACUUUGUUGAAGCAACUUUGGCAGUAAUUACAGCCUCUAGUCUUCUUGGGUAUGUUGCAAGCUUGGCACGCCUGUAUUUGGGGAGUUUCUCCCAUUCUUCUCUGCAGAUCCUCUCAAGCUCUGUCAGGCUGGAUGGGGAGUGUCGCUGCACAGCUAUUUUCAGAUCUCUCCAAAGAUUUUCGAUCGGGUUCAAGUCCGGGCUCAGGCGGGGCCACUCAAGGACAUUCAGAGACUUGUCCUGAAGCCACUCCUGAGUUGUUUUGGCAGUGUGCUUAUGAAUGUUGUCUUGUUGGAAUGUGAAACUUUGACCCAGUCUAAGGUCCUGAGCGCUCUGGAGCAGGUUUUCAUCAAGGAUCUCUCUCUGUACUUUGCUCUGUUAAUCUUUCCCUCGAUCCUGACUAGUCUCCCAGUCCCUGCUGCUGAAAAACAUCCCCACAGCAUGAUGCUGCCACCACCAUCCUUCACCGUAGGAAUGGUGCCAGACUUCACGCUUGGCAUUCAGUUCAAAGAGUUCAAUCUUGGUUUUGUCAGACCAGAGAAUCUUAUCUUAUCCUUUAGGUGCCUUUUGGAAAGCUCCAAGCGAGCUGUCAUGUGGCUUUUACUGAAGAGUGGCUUCCGUUUGGCCAUAAAGGCCUGACUGGUGGAGUGCUACAUAGAUGGUUGUCCUUAUAGAAGGUUCUCCCAUCUCCACAGAGGAACUCUGGAGCUCUGUCAAAGUGACUCUCUGGUUCUUGGUCACCUCUCUGACCAAGACCCUUCUCCCCUGAUUGCUCAGUUUGGCCAGGCGGCCAGCUCUAGGAAGAUUCUUGGUGGUUCCAAGCUUCUUCCAUUUAAGAAUGAUGGAUCCCACCGUGCUUCUACACCUGCAUUGCUUGCUGUUUGGGGUUUUAGGCUGGGUUUCUGUACAGCACUUUGAGAUAUCAGCUGAUGUACGAAGGGCUAUAUAAAUACAUUUGAUUUGAUUUGUGCCUUUCCAAAUCAUGUCCAAUCAAUUGAAUUUAAUAAAUGGAAACAGGAUGCACCUGUGCUCAAUUUGAGUCUCAUAGCAAAGGGUCUGAAUACUCAUGUAAAUAAGGUAUUUCUGUUUUAAUUUAUUUUUUAAUACAUUUUCAAACAUUUCUGAACCUGUUUUCGCUUUCUUGUUAUGGGGUACUGUGUGUAGAUUGAUGAGGGGGAAAACUAAUUGAAUACAUUUUAGAAUAAGGCUGUAACGUAACAAGAUGUGGAAAAAGUCGAGGGAUCUGAAUCGUUUCUGAAUGCAGUGUAUGUGCGUUUUGUACCUCAAAUCUUAUCUGACGCCUUGCCACUGAGCCCUUUUGUUAAAGAGACAGAGAACAAAAAGAUGCUGAAUUCCUAUCGAUGGCACAAUUGGUUGAUAUUUAGGAAAAGGAGCAAGAAGUCGCAUUAGCCGCAUACAGGACUUAAUGAGGUGAAAAAGUUUCCAUACUGUUGCCAAGAGAUCAGAGAUGUGUGUAGUCUGUCAUUCCUGUUGUACUACACAGUUUGAGCUGGACUGAGCUCUAUGGGUCAGCCAAAUGGGGACUGAGGAUGGGAUUGACAGUCAGUAGAGAGGACACUUCUUAGCAUGUGAGAAUCUCUCAGACACAGCACAUGGAAGAUGAACACAUUCAAGAAUCUAAAUGUGUGGUUAAUUCACCAUGGUUGGUUGUGCCAAAGGGUUUCCAGGUGGUUUGAGGUUGAAUUAUAUUUUUGUUUGGUUUGUUUUCCUGCCCCUUACCAGUGGUGUAAAGUACUUAAGUAAAAAUAAUUUAAAGUACUACUUAAGUAGUUUUGGGGGGUAUUUGUACUUUACUGUUUAUAUUUUUGACAACUUUUACUUUUACUUCACUACAUUCCUAAGGAUAAUUAUGUACUUUUUACUCCAUACAUUUUCCCUGACAACCAAAAGUACUUGCAUUUUAAUGCUUAGCAGUACAGAAAAAUAGUCCAAUUCACACAUUAAUCAAGAGAACAUCCCUGGUCAUCCCUGCUGUCUCUUAUCUGGCGGACUCACGAAUCACAAAUGCUUAGUUUGUAAAUGAUGUCUGAGUGUUGGAAUGUGCUUCUGGCUAUCCGUUAAAAAAAGAAAGAAAAUUGUGCCAUCUGGUUUGCUAAACAUAAAUUAUUUAUACUUUUACUUUUGAUACUUAAGAAUAUUUUUAAGGAUCAAAAGUAAAAGUUUUCCACCACUGCCCCUUACCCAGAACCCUCUGUGUCACUGUCACCCCUGACUGGCCCAUGCUUGAGGAGAAUGAGACUCAUCCAUCUGAUCUGGGAUCUAACCUCGGAACAAUAUCCCUAUUUCUCCUGGUCUGCUGCAAUAUGUCUAUCUGGGGUCUAUCCCACUCUGUUUUCUACUCCAAGCAUCAUAAAAAGGAACGCUUCUGUCCAUGCAUGCCUUUUAAUGGGAGUUGAGAUUGAUUGCAAUUUUACAGUGCCUUCAGAAAGUAUUCAUACUCCUUGACUUAUUCCACAUUUUUUUACAGCCUGAAUUCAAAAUGGCUUAAAUGUUUUUUUCUCACUCAUCUACAGUACACAUAAUACCCCAUAAUGACAAAGUGAAAAUAUAUUUUUUGACAUUUUUGCUAAUUUAUUGAAAAUGAAAUACAGAAAAUAUCUAAUUUACAUAAGUAUUCACACCCCUGAGUCAGUAGUUUGUAGAAGCACCUUUGGCAGCAAUUACAGCUGUGAGUUUUUCUGGGUAUGUCUCUAAGAGCUUUCUACACUUGGACUGUGCAAAAUGUACCCAUUAUUCUUUUCAAAAUACUUCAAGCUCUGUCAAAUUGGUUGUUGAUCAUUGCUAGACAACAUUUUUCAGGUCUUGCCAUAGAUUUCCAAGUAGAUUUAAGUGAAAACUAUAACUUGGCCACAUUCACUGUCUUCUUAGUAAGCAACUCCAGUGUAGAUUUGGCGUUGUCUUUUAGGUUAUUGUCCUGCUGAAAGGUGAAUUUAUCUCCCAGUGUCUAGUGGAAAGUAGACCGAACCAGGUUUUUCUCUAGGAUUUAGCCUGUGUUUAGCCCCAUUCUGUUUAUUUUUUUAUCCUGAAAAACUCCCCAGUCCUUAACAAUUACAAGCAUACCCAUAACAUGAUGCAGCCACCACUAUGCUUGAAAAUAUGGAGAGUGGUACUCAGUAAUGUGUUGUAUUGUUUUAAAAACAAAAAGUGCUUUGUCACAUUUUUUGCAGUAUUACUUUAGUGCUUUCUUGCAAACAGGAUGCAUGUUUUGGAAAAAAUGUUUCUGUUCAGGCUUCCUUCUUUUCACUCUGUCAAUUGGGUUAGUGUUGUGGAGUAACUACAAUGUUGCUGAUCCAUCCUUAGUCUUCUCCUAUCACCCGCCAUUAAACUCAGUAACUGUUUUAAAAUCACCAAAUCCCUGAGCGGUUUCCUUCCUCUCUGGCAACUGAGUUAGGAAGGACGCCUGUAUCUUUGUAGUGACUGGUUGUAUUGAUACACCAUCCAAAGUGUCAUUACUAACUUCACCUUGCUCAAAAGGAUAUUCAAUGUCUUUUAAAAUGUUUAUUUAGGGCACAGAGAUGAGGUAAUCAUUCAAAAAUCAUGUUAAACACUAUUAUGGCACACAGAGUCCAUGAAACUUAUGUAACUUGUUAAGCAAAUGUUUACUCCUGAACUUACUUAGGCUUGCUAUAACAAAGGGGUUAAAUACUUAUUGACUCCAGACAUUUAAUAUUUUCAUUUUUAAUUAGUUAGUACAAAUGUAUACAAACACAACAGCAUUUUGAUGUUAUGGGGUUGGGUGUGUGUGUGUGAGCCAUUUUAACUUCAGGCUGUAACCCAACAAAAUGUCUAAAUACUUUCUGAAGGCACUGUAUAUGCUGCCUCGAACAGAAGGGUUGGUUUGACCAAAGUGCUCAAUUCUAUAUGGAAAUAAACACACAUUGAAAGAGUAAUGGUAAGAAUGACAUAGUUUGAGUUUAGAGACUCAGUAAGGUACAGUAGAAACACUGCGUAUAACACAGAAGGAAAUGUUUGGAGAGACAAUGUUAGGAUGACACACAGUGUGAUGAUAUGAAUGAUAAGGAAAUGGUCACAGUCACACCAAAGUAUCAAGGCAGCAAAACAUUUGAUUUUGACAGUUCUUCUACCAAGGGUUGUAUCUGUGGUGUGGCCAUGCCCAUGCCGACAGCAGGAUCACAUGAUGCUAUUUUGUACCAUGACCACAAGAUGGCCCCCUUGCAUCGGAAUAUUGUUUCUUAAAAUCAAAACAAAAUCAUUUCUGUGGACAGUCAUUUGUUAUGAACUACUACCACUGCCAGAAAUACAUUAGAUAACUUUUUAUCUUGUCCUUUUUGAAUAGAGGAAUAUUUUAACAGAUAAUAUUUUGUGUGAUAUGUCUGUUUUAGAUUUUUCUUCCCUGAUUGCAGUAGCCUAUUUGGGCAGUAGCUCCUCUUCCAUGAGUAAUGUCUGUGACUCAUACCAGAUAGUCUCCUCAAGCAGAUGCUUCCAGUUUUCAUAUGAGAAGUGUUCUGCAUGUGUGUGGGGGCAGUAGAUCGUAAACAAAGACACUGCGUAAUGUAGGGUUUGAUUGAAUUCAACUCUCUGACUUAAAUUAGUUGAAAAGAUUUGGACAGUGAUUUCCAUUGUUUAACUGAGGAUGUUGGUUCAAUUUUUUUUCUGCCUGCUUCUCCCUAGAACCACUGGUCUGUAUAUUCCAAUCUGACAGCUAUAAUCACAACAACCUGCUGCAUUAUAGCUCUAUUUUCUUUUAAACAUGAUUGUAAAGUCUGAUAAAAGAUACCAUUGAUGCAUGGUACUGUGUUGAUUUCAUCCAACAUUUCGUAGAGUGUUCUGGUGUAUAGCAAAAGGAAGCUUCUGAGUUAGAGAAAAUCAACUUUAAAAAUGUAUCCAUCCAUAAACAUUUCAA